AUGCAUUUUGGCUGUCGUUCAAAGAAAAGUGAGGAUGAAGAAGUACUAGCGUCUUUCAGUGUAUAUUUUACACCAUCUCUUUUGCAUCAAACACAUAUUUUUCAAUAUCCUCUUAGGCAAAGGAGUCGACCUUAUGAAGCUAACGAUAUAAAACUUUUUUCUACUAAUGGCAUUGACUCCAGCGUCUCUUCGUCAAAUUCAAGGAGUGGAAGCAAAGCUGUAAUAAAUCCUAAUUCACGCCUCACAAUGCAAUGCACACUUGAUACUUUCAACACAACAUCAUUCAGGCAAGAUAGGGUUGACGAAAAUAGAAAAAGUAUCUCUGAUAAUGCUCACACCUAUUCCUUUACCUUACAAUCUAAACCAUUUUAUUUUCACUCAGACUAUCUAAUUGGCUACUUCUACGAUGGUGGCCUUCACUUGUCACCUGUUUCUUCUAUUCAGCAUUUUUUACCUGCUCUUGAAUCUAAAUCAAAUGAUGGUGAUAGUACUUCAAAAUCAUGCGGAGGGCCCGUUCGCAUAAGCCAAGAGCAUUGUAGUACACAAACAACAGCUGCUGUUUCAGGACUUUUUGCAUCUAUUCGAUUACAAAAAGAACUUAUGCGCCAACGAAGUGUUAUGAUUAAUUCUGACGCCGAUACUGCAGUGGAGCUCAAGUUUCACUUUUCGAGGUCUGCAGAAAAUAAUGACAUCAAACGAAAACUUAUUUGCUCUACAAAAGAAAGGGCUUCAAGUAUGUCUAUUUUAAAGGGUAAGGAAGCAAGGAUUGAAGAUAGCUUUUAUUCUCCUGAGCUUUGUGCUUCUGGUGGCAUCUACGAAGGUGAGAAUGCUUCACCAUCAAUUAUUCGACGUUUCAUAGCCUCUUAUACCAUUUUUGAGCAGGUUAGUAGCUUGUUAAAAAGAUGUCAGGUUCUAACACUUGAAAUUCUUAGAGAGAAUUUGUCAGAGCCAAAUUCAACAAGUCUUGACAACCGCGUACCUGAAGUCACUAUCAUAGACUCCUUGAAGUCAACCGCGGUGUACAUGCAUGGAGUAUGGGUUUGUUGUUUUUCAGAAUGUUUCAAGGGAUCUAUUGCUGCUUUAAGAGAAGUUAUACUUUUACAAUUUCAACGGUCAUCUGACGGUUCUCUUAGGCGAUCGCAGUUAAACGACUUGGUAAACACAUCUAGCCUGCGUCGUUCUAUAAAGGAAAUUCUCGAAAAAAUUGCAAUACUAAACUCCGCAGAGCCUGAUCCAGAGAAACGACGUUGGAGGCUGCGCUAUGUUCCUGAAGAUCGUACUGAAUAUUCAAAGAGAAUAAGUUCCAUUGAAGCUCGUUUUCAAUGCGAAAUAUUUAGCCAACGCGAUUUGUGGGCCAACCGAACUUCGCAAAUUCUCAAUCAUCUCACAUAUAUUAAUUUAGGGCAAUCACCUCCAUCUUUACUUCUCAUAAACCGGUUUGACAUUAAUAAUAAUGCCAACAACAUGAACAGGGGUGUGGCUUAUAAUAGUGCGAUAUCAAAUAGUGCCACCUCAGUUGACAACAAAAACGCAACGGAAGCGUUUACCGAACAGGAUCUUGUACCAAUUCAGCGAUACAUACGAAUUCUUUUUGCAGAACAUGGUGUAAUAAACAAACUACGUGUGAAAGAGUUGGUGCUGAAAGCGAGAGAAUCUCAUUACCCUACCACCACAAAUCAAAUGCUCGGUGCCGCAUUACAAUCCCAAGUGCAGACUUUCACCUCUUCAACAUGGGUCUUGAAGACAUUAGGUGAACCUUCUGUCGAUCGACACCGCCCACUCAUCAUCGCAGUAUUAUUAGAGCUAAAAAUAUUUGAAACUCGAGCUGUUCUUAGUAAACUUAAUGAAAUAAAAAAAGAAUACGGGGAAAGCACAUCUCUUGAUAACUCACAGCCUGAACAGCAGGGUAUUCCUGUACAAAUUGUACAGCGCGUAAUAUCUGAGGUUUCUGAAUUUAAAUCAGGUGAGAGAUUAUGGCAUUUGAAAGUUGGAAACGUAAUGGUGGAUUGA